GAUUUUCUGGAACCAAAGUUGCCACUGAAGGGCUAUUUCGGAGUCCACCUUGUGGUGUCCGGGUCGAGGCGCUCCGCUGAGCACAGACACAAACCGAGGUCAUCUCUACCUCCAGCCACAUAGAUAUGACCCAGCUGGAUGAUCCAACAGCUCGUUCUCGCGGUGCAAACAAAGAUGACAUUUACCUACCAGCCAUCACCAGGAAGGCCUCAAAUUUCGCGUCAACCAGAGGAAGUCUUAGUCAGUCCUGCCCUUAUCUCAACCAUAGAAGAAGGGGUUCUUUAUCUUCAGUUAGCCUGCAGAAAACUCGAGGUUACGGCAGCAAACAAAGCUAUCUCAAUGCGCAAAGAGAGGCAAAGAAAUCCAACGUCACCGUGACCAUGCUCUACCUAGGACAAGGCCACCGGGGUUCACGGGUGUGGUCGAGUCAAGAUGAACUUAAAGUGCUCCAGCAAGUCAACAGAGGGGAGAACAUCUGUGUCUUCAAGGGCUGGGUGACUCCAGGAGACCUAUUCACCUUCGUCUCUCAAAGACACAGAGGAUUCCCCUUCAGUGCUUCCUUGUAUGUUAACGGCAUGAAGGUGGCGCGACUCAGCUCCUGCUGCGAGUACCGUUAUGCGCCCGGCUUCCAACAAGGCAAAAAGAGCUGCUUCCGGCUGUCCUGGCUCACUGGUGGGAUACCUUGUCACAGAUGCACAAGUCUUCGAAACAAAUACAGCUCUUGCCAAAAACUGAACGACAGCACAAAGGAAAGCUUAUUCCUCUCUCUAGUGCACAGCUCUGGCAAUGUCACAAAUGCUGUUGCAGUGGAAUCGUGUCCAUCAUCCCCCGUGUUUAUCCCAACAAAACUGAACAUUAAGUCAGCAGGAAGGACAAGAAGACAUGGCAAGGACAAGGAUGGUGGCUCCACAGACAGCGAGGAGCCCCCGGCCGCUGCUAUUAAAGAGUCCUCCAAAAAGAGGAGACGCAAGAGUCAAACUAAUCAGAGCGUGAGCAAAGACAAGACGGCUACAAGCAUCAGACGGGACAGUGAGAUCUCCCGGCGGCCGACCUUGUCCCAAAAAUAUGAGGGCCAAGUUUCAUCUGCCAGACAGGAGCUGGAGCACAAAGAAACAACUGGCAGUAGUGAAGCACAACAGAUCCAAAAGCUGAACAUCAACAAGACAAGCAACGUGCUCGACUUGUUACAGGAUGAGGAAGUAUUGACUAAGCAGACACUGGAGAAACCGAGGGAGUCAAAUGGGAAAAGCAGAAAUUGGGAUGGACGGACGGACUUCUAUGAACAAUGUGUGCAGAUGAGCGUGGAGCUGGAGAAGAGCCCAAGCAAGCACAACUGGCUCCAAGCAAACAUGUUACAGAGGCGUCGGCUCCAGAAGAGACUGGCGUUGAGCCCUAAAGCUCCAAACUCAGAUGUGGAGCAGUGAAGAGAGCGAGAUUGCAGAUGGAGAGCCUGAAAAAAAAAUGAACAGAACAAGGGAAGAGAGGAGAAGGAAGACGAAGUAAAUCCUGUUCAUGAACAAGACCUGCAAGCUCAGGUGUGUUCUGAACACAUGGAACUGUCUUUUUGGCUCCCGUUCUCCUUUGAAUAUGUGUAAUUAGUGGUGGAGCUAAAAUUGCCAAAAGAAAUGUUGUCUUGAGUCCUGAUGGAAUAGAUUUUUUUUUCUUGGCUCAAUCUUGAGUUUUUUUUUUUUUUUUAAUUUACAGAUUGCAACCUCAUCUUGUAAACAAUCCCACAUUGGUGUUGUGGAAAUGAAGUUUCACAAUUCUUGUUUUCACAUUAAACCCAGAUGAAAUGUAGGUGUGUGCGCUCACUGAUUUUGUAAUUAUAGGAUUCUACAUAAACCUCAUUAUGUUUGUUUCAUGAGAAAUCAAUGCAA